GACCCGCGUGUCCGAGGCUUCAUCAAGCACACCCACUUUGGUCUGCCGCUCGAGCUCGAUCACCUCAAGUCCUUCUCCAGGGAGCGCAAGAUCGACCCCGAGGUUGCGCGCCAGAACCUGUUGAACUUCAACAUCUGUACGGUUCUGCACCCGCACGAAACCUGCGUGCAACACUUCUUCACGUUCGCGUGGGCCGGCUUCAAGCGCGCUCUGCCGCUCUACGCGCCGCUGCACAUCGUCACCACGCUGGUGGUCCUGCUGGCCAAGCUCACCUCCAAGGUCAAGGAGAGCGUCAAGCGGGCUGGCAGCUUCUCCAACCUCAGCCGCAGCUUCAGCAUCGACGACUUCAUCGAGGCCACCGACGCCCAGCAACAGACGCACGAUGGCGCUCACGCGCCCGUGCCCGCGCAACCGCCAGCGAGAAAGGAGCCCCUCCAGGCGGCCCUCGACAAGGCGCAGGCGUUUGCCGCUAGGAUGCUCAAGGUGCUCACCAAGAGGCGCAUCCUGCGCGUCACCUCGUUCACGCUGGCGCUCGUGCGAAGGGUCAUCUUCAACAUCGUGCGGUCCUCGGUCUUCCUUGGGGUCUACUGUUCCGCUGCCUGGCUGGCCGCUUGCUUCGCGCACAAUAUGAGCGGCGUCAAGGGUCCGUUCUGGGUCCGACUCCACCUCAUGUUCUCCGGCCUGGCUUGUCUCCUCGAGGCCAAAUCGAGGCGCAUCGAGCUGGCCAUGUACUGCAUUCCUCAGGCCCUCAACUCGGCCGUCAACGAAGCUAUCAAGUACAACAAGCUGCCGCGGUGGCUGGUGAACCUGAGGCACCUCGACGUGCUGUUCUUCUGCCUGGCGUCGGCCGUCACCGUCUUCUGCUACAAGAACGACCCCAAGAGCAUUCGGCCCAGCUUCUACUUCCUCAUGAAGUGGCUCUGGGCUUGA